CAAGCGACCGGCGCGCGGCGCAUCUGCUCCGGUGCACGAUGCUCAUGUGGCUGACGGCGGUGGGCAGCUUGCUGCUCCUGCUCAGGGCGCUCUUCCCCUACUGGCUGGACGACUGCGCGCACAUCCUCAGGAGCCUCCUCCUCGCCGUCCGACUCCUCAAGUACAAGAGGAGCAAGCCGUUCCACAGCGUGCUGGACGCCUUCCUGGCGGCGGCCAGGAGACACCCGGCCAAGACCUUCUUGCACUUCGAGGGCGAGCGCUUUUCCUACGGGGACGUGGACCUGCGCAGCAACCGGCUGGCCCGGGUGCUGAGGCAGGAGGCUCGCCUCCGGGAGGGCGACGCGGUGGCCCUCUUUCUGGGCAACGAGCCCAACCUCGUGUGCGCCUGGCUCGGACUCGCCAAACUGGGCUGUCCGGUCGCCCUGCUCAACUUCCACAUCCGAGCCAAGUCUCUGCUGCACUGCUUCUCCCGCUGCGGGGCCAAAGUGCUGGUGACGUCGGCAGAGUUGCAGGAUGCUGUGGAGGAAGUUUUACCUGCGCUGAGAGAGCAGGGGGUCGGCGUCUACCUCCUAUCAGAGACAAGUAAGAUUCAGGGCGUCAAUUCCUUGGCCGACAAGAUCUCCGAGGCCUCGGACCAACCUUUGUCAAGAGACCUCCGAGCCAACGUUACCGUCCGGAGUACUGCCUUGUACAUCUACACGUCGGGAACCACUGGUUUGCCUAAAGCGGCGAUCGUCACCCACGAGAGGAUGUGGGCCGCGUCCUUCAUCCAGUCAGUGUGCGGCGUCACAAGAGACGACGUCUUCUACAUCAAUCUGCCGCUCUACCACAGCUCAGGCUUCCUCAUCGGGUUAGGGGGCUCUAUCGAGAGAGGUAUAUCAGUCGUGUUGAAGAGGAAGUUCUCCGCCUCCCAGUUCUGGGACGACUGCAGGGAGCACAACGUGACCGUGAUGCAGUAUAUCGGCGAGACCAUGCGUUACCUCUGCAACGCACCCGAGAAGGACAACGAGAAGGAGCAUAAAGUGAGACUCGCCCUGGGCAAUGGCCUUCGCAGAGACGUCUGGUCCGAGUUUCUGAGGCGCUUUGGUGACAUUAAAGUAAAAGAACUGUAUGCAGCUACAGAAGGAAACAUCGGAUUCAUUAACUACACUUCCAAGGUCGGUGCUGUGGGACGGCUCAAUUUUUUCCACAGGUUAAUCUUCCCGUACUUGUUGAUCAAGUUUGACAUUGAGAAGGAGGAGCCUGUCCGAAACUCUCAGGGUCUUUGCAUUGAGGCGGCCAGAGGUGAAAUGGGCCUCCUGGUGGGAAAGGUGACUCAGAGGUCGCCUUUUGUGGGCUACGCGGGCAACGAGCAGCAGACGGAGAAGAAGAGGCUCCGUGAUGUGAUGAAAAAUGGCGACUUGUACUUCAACACGGGAGAUUUGCUUCGCUUCGACGAGGACAACUUUGUCUACUUUCACGAUCGUGUUGGUGACACAUUCAGAUGGAAGGGCGAGAACGUGGCCACAUCGGAGGUUGCGGACGUCCUCACCAUGGCGCGUUGCAUUUUAGAGGCAAACGUCUACGGUGUUAAGGUGAAAGGGAACGAAGGGCGGGCGGGCAUGGCAGCGAUCACUUUGAAAGACGGAGAAGACUUCGACUGUGUCGACGCUUUCAGGCAGGCGGUCAACUAUCUGCCGGCCUACGCACGCCCGCGAUUCAUCAGGAUACAGCCGGCCUUGGAGAUGACGGGCACAUUCAAGAUGAAGAAAACCAAGCUGGUGGACCAAGGCUUCAACCCGGCACUUAUCAGCGAUCCGCUAUACUACCUUGACGCCGCCAGACAGACCUUUGCUCCCGUGACGGAGGAGGUGUACAGCGCCAUAACCUGUGGCACUAUUGUACUUUAAUACAGUAAUGUUGAGAUAUUUGUUUUUCGGCAAGUUCGCUGCUUCAAACAAACAACUCCUCUCAGGGAUUUGACUAACAUUCCAUCACAAGACAAAUUCUUGUAUUUCUAGCCCUAAAGCACGGUACACUACAGUGCCCUGCCAAUGAUAAUAUUUGAUCCCUCACGAAGGAUGAAAUCAACUGUAGCAUUUCAAACACGACACUGCAAUCUUUUAUCCAAUGCUCUUGUAUGAGAAUGAAGUGUGUGUUAAUUAACAUGCUUACAUUUUGUAAGAGAUUACUCUCCAA